GUUAAAAUCAGCACCCCAACUGACUCUCAAGUCUUGAGGAAACAUCCCUCAACACUUAAAAGACAGUUCAGUCAUGAUUUUAAUUGUCUUCCUUUUCCUCUGCUCCAGGCUGGUAUGGAGUUUAACCCUGGAGUCCUCACAGGAAAUCGACUGCAAUGACCUGGAUUUGUUUAUGGCUCUAGAUGCUGCUCUGAAGAAAUAUAACGAAAGAACUCAAACUGACAACCAGUUUGUAUUGCAGCGCAUAACUGAAACCACCAAGACGGAUGACGCUGACCCAUCCUAUUCCUUCAAGUACAAAAUCAAGGAGGGCAACAAUUGUUCUGUUCAAAGUGGCAAAUCCUGGCAGGACUGUGACUACAAAGACUCUGCAGCUGCUGCCACAGGAGAAUGCACAGCCACCGUGGGAGAGACAAAACAUCAGAAAUUUGUUGUGACAAACCAGACUUGCCACAUUACUCCAGGGGAAAGUCCUGUGACAACAACCCAGUAUAGAUGCCGAGGCUGUUUCUCCCCCAUGUCAACUUCACACCCCAGCCUGGAGCCUGUCCUGAGACACGCCCUUCAGCACUUCAACAAUCACAAUAAGCAUUCCCACCUCUUCACACUGAGAGAAGUAAACAGUGCUCGUCAACAGGUGGUGGCUGGAAUGAACUAUGAUGUUGUUUACUCAGUUGGGCAAACUAAUUGUUCCAAGGAGAGAUUUCCAGCCCUAACUCCACGCUGCCAGCUCCUCUUGAAUGGUGAUUUUGCUGAAUGUACAGAUCAAACAUAUGUGAAUAUUUCAGACAGUAUCGCCGGAUUCUCCCAGAAAUGCGACAUUUUCCAAGAGGAAGAAGUUGUCAAGCCACCUCCCAAUAUGUGCAUUGGCUGCCCGGAGGAGAUACCCGUGGACAGUCCAGAGCUGAAGGAGGCUCUGACUCAUUCUAUUCGACACCUGAAUGCUCAGAACAAUGGAACUUUCUACUUCAGAAUUGACACUGUGACUAAAGCAACAAAGGAGGUGGUUGCUGGAAUGAAAUAUUCUCUGACGUUCACUGCCAGGGAAACCGUGUGUUCCAAGGGCAGUAACAUAGAGUUGAUUGAGACCUGUGGCAUCAAUAAACUUGGACAAGUUCUAACCUGUGAAGCUGACAUUAUAUUGUCUUGGAAAAAAAAUGUCCUCCCUGCUGUUAACUGUCAACCUCUACAAAUGGUUUCAAUGAUGCAAAGGCCUCCAGGUUUUUCACCUUUCCGAGCAGCAGUAAUGAUGGAAACAAAACAAGGAAAAACUGUAAGUCCUCCCCACACUCCCAUGACACCCGCACAAGAUGAAGGACAAGACAUAGACAAAGAACAAGGACCCACUCAUGGUCAGGACUCAGGUCAUAAAAAGAAAAUAAAGCAUGACCAUGGCCAUGGCCAAAAGCAUAGGCAUGACCAAAGCCAUGAUCACAUCAGGGGCCAUGGUCUUGGCCACGGACAUCAAGGGGGCCAUGCCCUAGCCCAUGGACACAAGCAUGGCCAUGAUCAUGGUAAACAUAAAAAUAAAGACAAAAACAGUGAGAAGCACAAUGGUUGGAGAACAGAGCAUUUGGCAAGCCUUUCUGAAGAUAGCACUACAGCUUCUAGACAUACACCAGAGAAUUCAGAGGGGCCAACACCCACCCCUUCUCUAGCUCAGCAAGGGGUAGCAGUUACCUAUCCUGGCUUCCUUAAUUCAGAUCUCAUUGCAACUGUGAUGCCUAAUAUACCACCAACUCCCACAGAGACUGAUGAUGUUUGGAUUCCUAACAUUCAGAUAGAACCAAAUAGCCUUUCCUUUAGCCUGAUACCUGACUUUCCAGAAACAGCCUCUCCCAAAUGUCCUGGACACACCUGGAAGCCAGUCAACAAAAAGGAUCCAACUGUGGAAAAGGAAGACUUUUCUGAUUUUGAUCUCUCUGAUGCCUUGUAUUAAUUUGUGCAGUUGUGGGUAUUUAUUAAUAUGUCAUCAUCUCCCCUGCCCAGUGUCUAAAUGUUCUGCCACGGUGCACCAAAGUCCAUGAAACUUCAGAACAGCCUAGAGAACAGUGGUGAGACUCUCACUAGGAUCACCAUUAGUGUCUAUUGACAGCACAAAACUGUGAACAGAAGUAUAAACCCUGGGGGUCGGGCGGUGGCCCAAACCAAGGAUUAUCUUGCAUUGCCUUAAAAUGCAAAGGAAGCAGCGAUUUGCUACUCCUUGCACCACUUUUGCCUAGAAUAAGACACCUAAAGUUCUGUGAGUAUAAGGGCCGAGUUUGCAAGUCUCCAACGUCUG